AUGAGCAAUGAUCCGGACUCUGCAUUGACAAAUACUCGUUAUCUGUCUACUUCACCCUCCCCGUCUCCGAAUCUUCUUCCUACUCCUGACACGGCCAGUCUCGCAUCAAAUCGAUCCUGUUCGGGCGUCUCUUCCGUCUCAACCUCCUCUUCCUCCUCAAAUGCCUCCUCAAUUUCUCGAGCAAGUCUCGGUUCUCGUCGGCGUGGGUAUAUUCGACCCCAAGGCGGAUCCUUCGCCGAUUCGGCCAAGAAUAGGGAAAGUGUCAUGAGCUUGGGCAGUAUCGCGCAUCUGCAAUAUUAUUUCGCUCGUACAGGUCUUUUGGAUGGAAAAGGGGGUCAGAUGGCCAAGAAGAAACAGAACGGAGAAUAUGACAUUCCCAGAUUGUCUCUCGCUGCAAAUCGGGAUAUCGUUGACUCGCCCAUCGACGAUGAAGCCCAGGCCCUGUGGGAAGCCUCCCAAGAAGAUGGUGCCGAUGUUAUGCUACCUCCCACCGUUUCAACCUACAGUCAUCCUUCCAAUUACGUUGCUCCUCCUCCAGAUCAGAAGACCAUGAAGAGGAAUUUGGUGGAAGCCUUGGAAAACGCCCUCCAAGCAGUGGAAUCGUGCGAGAAAUUGGCAAAUGAGAAUCCCGAAGAACAAAGUCAGGGGUUCUAUCAAAUACAAGGCCUCCACGUUCUUGACACUGCCACACACGCAAUCCGUGCAGCACGACUCUAUUACACACUACAUCCAAACCCUCAGCGGCUCAACUCAAUAAGAUCAGACCAAGAAUUACGCAAAGACCUAUAUUCCGUCCUGGAUGUGCUGAAAAGAUGUGCGGCCCGGAACUUUGCUGGUGGUCUCCGAGAAGAUGAAAAAUUGGCGGUUCUUGUCUGGGUCAGCGACGUGGGCAUGAUGAUUGACCAAGAAGCGAAACUCGAAGAGGCAGACAGGCACGAGAGGAAGGAUUGGCAUUGGAUGAAUGACUCCCACUGGGUCGAUCGAGAGAGGGAACGCGAUGUUAACUUCCUCGAUUUUUUGCUGAAGGGGCAGUGUCAACCUCCAUGGAAUCAGCCUGAAGUCGGUCCAGAGUACUUUCGAAAUCUCGCUGAUGGCAAGGACCUUGUCCGCAUGCACAAUGCGGCCGUGGAUCGAUCAAAGAAGCAUUUCGACUAUAUCAAAAGCUUCCAUGAAGACGUGGCCAAGCCGUAUCGACGCGCCGACAAUCUUCGCUACUGGGCAAAGGCGGCAGAACUGAGAUGGGAGCUUCGACUUCAGCUGGACGUCAUGGCCGUAGCCACUCCGAUGGACAACGAUGCUACUUGGCUGUCUUUUGAAGAGGUUGUUCGACAGUGGAGCCGAGGGCCUGGCUAUGGCGAGCCCAUUGUCGAGUCCGGCAAGGAAGGAUUCUUCAGCUCCCCCUCUUCCCAGCCCUACCAGAAGAAUGACCGUCGCUCCAAGUCCUCUGGGAAGUCCUUCGAAGACCACCACGGCUUACAGUCCUCCGGAUACUCCGACUCCCAAGAGACCACUCAGUUGCUGUGA